GGAUGGAGUUGCCACAUUUUUUACACUCUUUCAACAUGACAAUUAUUUUGUGGAUUCUAAUAAUUAUUGGAUUUGUGAAUGAAAGUUUCGCAAAGGAUCUUAAAAUCUACAUCUAUAAAAACAAAAUUACAGCCGUCGAAAGUUUUGUAAAUGAAACUUCAAUUACAGUAAAAUGUAAAGUCAAUACCAGAGACAAUCCUUGUGAAUGGACACCAAAAGUGACUUUCACGUUUCCUAAAGAUAUCCAAAAGCCAUUUUUGCAACUUAAAAUGUCAGAUUUGGAUACUUCAGUCAGUAUUGUUGAUCAUACAAUGCUUGUAUGCUCAUUAAAAGCAACUCUUGGACUCGACAUGAUUAUGAAAAUAAUUUGGGAACAAAUUUCAAAAUAUAUGGACUUGAUAAUUAAGUGCCCAUUAGAUGCUGGAUCACAUACAGUAAGAAGCUUUCAUCAGUCAGGAUUGAAGAUGUUAUUUACUUUUCUUCCCAAAAACCGGCAGUUCGCAUUAAGCAUUAUUGUUAAAAUUCGCAUUGGAAAGAAAAUUGUUGAAAUAUUUAAUUUUUCUGAUGUCAUUGAAAUUGUUGAAGUUUAGUUGAUCAAACAAAAAUAAUUAUUUUAUCAACUAUUUAAACUUGUGAUUUUUAAUUAAAAAAUUAACAAAAAUAAUUUCAAAAUUUUUCGAAUUAGAAAUAAUAAAUUAAAGUCUGAA